CUAAAGAAACAAGCCAAUCGGAUGACACGUUAAUCCGAGGUGGAAAAGAAGGGUUGUUCGGUGUUCAACAUGUCGUCGGCAGAUGGUGGUAAUGGCCCCGGCCAGCCUGCGCCUUUUCCGGGUGUUCCCCCAUCUGGCAUGCCUCCACCGUUUAUGGGCCCACCCGGGAUGCCGCCCCAUUACCCGCCUAUGGGGAUGCCACCAAGCAUGGCGCCCAUGCCCCCCGGCAUGAUGCCCCCGAUGAUGCCCCCGAUGGGAGGCCCGCCCAUGGGGCAGAUGCCGGGCAUGAUGCCGCCUAUGAUGCCAGGAAUGAUGAUGCCCCCUCGGAUGACAGCCGCGGCCAUGCAGCCGACGGGACCGCCGGGUGUCAGCCCAGCAGAGGUGGCCGCUUCAUCUGCUUCUGGAACAUUGACGAGCAGUCCGGCUGUGAGCACCAUGCAGCAAGGUGUAACAGCCAGUCCAAAGGACGAGCAGACAAAGAAGAAGUCGGUUUGGACGGAGCACAAGUCUGUGGAUGGGAAGACGUACUACUACAACACAGAAACUAAGCAGUCCACCUGGGAGAAGCCCGACGACCUCAAGUCCCCGGCCGAGCAACUGUUGUCCAAGUGCCCCUGGAAAGAGUACAAGUCUGACACUGGGAAGCCAUAUUACUACAACUCUCAGACGAAGGAGUCCCGCUGGACCAAGCCGAAGGAGCUGGAGGAUUUAGAAGCUAUGAUAAACAGUGAAGAAAAUGGGUCCACGGAACCCGCUGUCAGCACGGCCCCCACGUCGGUCACCCAGGUGGAGAGCGUUGUUGCCGUGACAACCACAACGGCUACACCAGAGACGGAGACCAUCGCUCCGGCUGUUGUUGAGGAGCAGGUGCCUCAGGCAGCAGUGGUGACGGCGACUGUGCCGGCAGCCGAAGUCAGCACAGAGACGCCGGUCAGCUCCUCGGAGACCACACCUGUGGUUGAGACCCCCGUCAGUACGGAUACCCCUAAAGAGGAGGAGAGACCUGAGCUCGUGAAGAAGGUCUACAAAUGGAAUACGAAGGAGGAAGCCAAGCAGGCGUUCAAGGAACUUCUGAAGGAGAAGGGAGUCUCCUCCACUGCGUCUUGGGAGCAGGCAAUGAAGAUGAUCAUCAACGACCCUCGCUACAGCGCACUGCCCAAGCUGAGCGAGAAGAAGCAGGCCUUCAACGCCUACAAGGUGCAGACGGAGAAGGAGGAGAAGGAAGAGGCCCGGAUCAAGUACAAGGAGUCCAAAGAGACGUUCCAGCGCUUCUUGGAGAACCAUGACAAGAUGACGUCCACGACCAGAUACAAGAAGGCAGAGCAAAUGUUUGGAGAGUUGGAGGUGUGGACGACCGUUCCUGAGCGUGACCGACUGGAGAUCUAUGAGGAUGUCCUCUUUUACUUGGCCAAAAAGGAGAAGGAGCAAUCGAAGCACUUGAGAAAACGCAACUGGGAGGCCCUGAAGAACAUCCUGGACAACAUGGCAAACGUGACGUACCGUACCACAUGGUCAGAGGCCCAGCAGUACCUACUGGACAACCCCACGUUCGCUGAGGAUGAGGAACUGCAGAACAUGGACAAGGAAGAUGCCCUUAUCUGUUUUGAGGAGCACAUCCGUGCCCUGGAAAAAGAGGAGGAGGAGGAAAAGCAAAAAUCUCUUCUUCGGGAGAGGCGAAGACAGCGGAAGAACAGGGAAUGCUUCCAGAAAUUUCUGGAUGAGCUCCAUGACCAUGGGCAGCUCCACUCAAUGUCCUCCUGGAUGGAGAUGUAUCCUACUAUCAGCUCUGACAUCCGCUUUUCCAAUAUGCUCGGCCAGAUUGGUAAGAUGGUCAUCCCCACAGGGUCUACGCCUCUGGAUCUGUUCAAGUUCUAUGUGGAGGAUCUGAAGGCACGUUAUCAUGAUGAGAAGAGAAUCAUCAAGGACAUCCUGAAGGACAAAGGCUUCAACGUGGAGGUGAACACCGCCUUCGAGGACUUUGGCUCGGUGAUCAGCUCUGAUAAAAGGGCGACGACACUUGACGCCGGAAAUAUCAAGCUCGCCUUUAACAGUUUACUGGAAAAAGCAGAAGCACGAGAAAGAGAGCGAGAGAAAGAGGAGGCGAGGAAGAUGAAGAGGAAGGAGGCCGCUUUCAAGAGCAUGCUGAAGCAGGCCACCCCACCCCUGGAGCCCAACUCCACUUGGGAGGGUGUCAGGGAUAGAUUCCUGAAGGAAUCAGCAUUUGAAGAUAUCACUCUAGAAUCCGAAAGAAAGAGGAUAUUCAAGGACUUCAUUCAUGUUCUGGAGCAUGAGUGCCAGCACCAUCACUCGAAGAACAAGAAGCAUUCCAAGAAGUCGAAGAAGCACCACAGGAAGCGUUCCCGGUCCCGCUCGGGGUCCGAGUCAGAGGAGGACGACUAUCACACAAAAAAGAAAAAGCGUUCGCUGUCCAAGUCCCCCUCGGAGCGCUCGUCCAGCGGCGAGUCCGAGAGAAGUUCCAAAAAAUCAAAGAAGCACAAGAAGAAGGGAAAGAAGAGACGACACAAGUCUGGCUCCCCGGAGUCCGAGGGGGAACGGGAGAGGAAAGGGCGAGACAGGGCCCGAGAGAGGGAGCGAGAGCGCGAGAGGGAAAAGGAACGGGAGCGGGAUAAGGAGAACGACAAGUCCAGGGGGAAGCCGCGGGUGGAGCCCAAGCCCAAGUCCCCCAAAAGGAAAUCCGCUAAGGAGGAGGGUGGCUGGGAUACCUCAGGCAGUGAGCUGAGCGAAGGGGAGCUGGAGAAAAGGAGGAGGACUCUACUGGAGCAGCUGGAUGCCCCCUGAGGCUCCGCCUCCCUCUGCCCUGCUGUCUGCAUUCCCAUCAUUGAAUGAUGAUGUAAGAGCCAUGCUUUGGCUGUUAUUAAAGUUUUGGUUAGUUUAAUACACAGAAUUCUGAGCCCCUGAAAUGUCCAUGCACCACUCUUUUGUUAUCAACCCCUCCUCCCCUCCUUUUUUUGUAGGGAAACCCCUUUUAUCAGUAGUUGUACAUAUUUGAGUAGGAAUGGAGCCUUUUUGACAAUUGCAGAGGCCUCAGACCAAUACAGAUAAGCAUGUUCUGGGUUAUUGAUGCGUCACAUCCCUUACCCACAAACCCACGUAUCUCCAGUUACUUUGCACUGCCGCACAAAGUGCUGACUCUCCAGGGAAGAUGGCUACUUCCAUAGGGGGGCAAUUGAUUCUUUUUAAAGGCAGUGAAUUUCUUGUACUUUUUUUUUUUUUUUGUCACAAAGUGCCAGAGGUGAACUUAUCUUCGUCCGUCUGUCAGCCAUGUUGUUCCUUUUGAUUUUUGGCGUCAGUUAAAUGGGGCUUGAGCUGGAAGGCAGUUAAAUCUGUGUGGCGCUUGUGGCUUCCUUUUAAAUCAUUCUGAAACAUUAAAUAAAAGCCUAGAACCGGG